AUUCCAUGAAGGUCACCGGCUUGGUUAAAUGCAACCGCGUACUAGAAUCAAUACUAGUGUACCAUUGCGUGCGAUAUAAGUGACAACAAAAAAAUUUACGCGAAUAAUAAAUAUUUCUCAUCAAAAAUAUAAAGGCGGCACACUUGGACCGUGUACAGUGGACUUUGGGAAUACAAUCUGAGUCUCUUUACAGAGUGCAAUACCAACGCAAUGCCGUCGGCGAUAAGCAUGGACAGAUCUGGAAGAAACAACAGAUGAAAGCGGUAAAUCUAAAAAUAAAAUUAAAUGGAAAUCUUUGGAACACAAAGGGCCUGCAUUCUCACCGCCAUACGAAAGACUACCUGAAGGCAUUAAUUUCAAGUAUGACGGAAAAGUGGUAAAAUUAUCAGAAGAUGCUGAAGAAGUAGCGGGAUUCUAUGCAAUGUUAGAUAGAGAUAUUGUGAAAAAAAAAACUUUCCAAACAAACUUCUUCAACGAUUGGCGUGAUGUGAUGACACCAGAAGAACGAAAGUUAAUUAAGGAUCUUACUAAAUGUGACUUUACAGAGCUUGAAAAACACUUAAAAAGAAAAAAUAUAAAAAAAAAAGAAAAAACAAUACGCUUAUUGUAAAAUAAAUGGUAGAGAACAAAAAUUAAGAAUUGCAAUGUAGAACGACCGGGCCUGUUCUGCCCAAUAAAUAACAAUAACCUUAUGGGCAAGUUAAAGAAACGAAUAAAACCGGAAGAUAUUAUAAUCAACUGCUCAGAAGAUAAAAUUCCGGAACCACCACCAAGGCAUACUUGGAAAAAGUAGAACAUGACAAUAAAAGCAGUUGGCUAGCCAAGUGGAAUGAUAACUUAACGGGAAAAUACAAGUACAUAAUUCUGGAUGCGAGCUCCAACAUUGAACAAGAGAAAAAUAGAAAAAUAUAUGAAACUGCUAGAGAACUCCAUAAACACAUAGCUAAAAUAAGAGAAAAUUAUCGCGCCGACUGGACAUCAUCUGAUCCUGAAGAUCGACAGCGAGGAGUAGCUAUGUAUUUUAUAGAUACUCUAGCUUUCAGAGUGGGCAGUAAUAAUACAAAUACGAUAACAAGAGAAGAUGAAGAGGAGAAUGAAAUGGAUAAAGAAGACCCCGUGGGUUGCUGUAAUCUAAAAGUCAAACACAUUCAGUUGUGUGAGAAAAAUAAAGUAAGGUUCGAUUAUUUUGGAAAAUGUUCUGUCAGAUAUUGCAGAAUAGUGCCUGUGGAAGAACUUGUGUAUGAAAAUCUUAAAUCAUUUACAAACAACAAAGACAAGGACGAUGCAUUGUUUGACAUGAUCGAUAAUAAUAAGAUUAAUAAUUAUUUAAAGUCUCAAAUGCCAAAUUUGACUGCAAAAUUUGUCCGCACAUACCGCGCGUGUACUACGUUUGAAAAUUAUUUGAACACCAAGAUUAACAGAACAGACACACUUGCGGAUAAGGUGAAAGCUUUGAAGCAGGCUACUUUGGAAGUCGCAAAACUAUGCAACCACAAGAAUAAAGAUCGAUUUGAAAUCCAAUCGUCGAAGAUGAAUUAUAUUGACCCUCGCAUCGCAAUCGCUUGGUGCAAACGGAACGAAGUGCCUUUAACAAAAUUCUACAGUAAAACACAACAAACUUAUUUUAAAUGGGCCAUCGACGAGAUUAACAGGGUCGGGGCAUAUUUUGUGUUUGCAAAAUAUAACAUUUAACAAACCGUUUGUUAUUUUCAAACAUAUUAUACAUAUUAUUAUGUAA